ACAUUUUGUCCAUGUGUUAGCGACGAAGCAGGAGAGACAAACAAAAACAGAGCAACUCUCACUCUCAGAGAAACAGAACACUCUGUUUUCUUUCUCUGAGCUCAUUUAUCUCUUUCCACACCCAAUGGCGGCGGCGGCAAAGAGCAGCAGCACAGACGCCGAGAAGGCGGCGAACGGAGAAUCUCCGCCGGAGCGGUGUCCAGUGGAGGAGGUGGCUCUGGUGGUGCCUGAGACCGACGACCCAUCACUUCCGGUGAUGACUUUCCGAGCAUGGUUUCUGGGAAUAGCCUCAUGCGUACUCCUGAUUUUCCUCAACACUUUCUUCACCUUCAGGACUCAGCCACUCACCAUCUCUGCCAUUCUCAUGCAAAUCGCGGUUCUUCCCAUAGGAAGGUUCAUGGCCGCCACUCUUCCCACCAAAGAGUACGGCUUUCUCGGGUGGCGCUUCACCUUCAACCCUGGACCCUUCAACAUGAAGGAGCAUGUCAUCAUCACCAUCUUCGCUAACUGUGGUGUCUCCUUUGGAGGAGGCGAUGCUUACUCCAUUGGUGCCAUUACUGUCAUGAAGGCUUACUACAAACAGAGUUUGAGCUUUCUCUGUGCCCUCUUCAUCGUCUUAACUACGCAGAUGCUGGGGUAUGGAUGGGCUGGGAUUCUGAGGAGGUAUCUGGUUGAUCCCGUUGAAAUGUGGUGGCCAGCAAACCUUGCUCAAGUGUCGCUCUUUAGGGCACUCCAUGAAAAGGAGCCGAAAUCAAAAGGUUUAACGAGGAUGCAGUUUUUCCUUAUUGCCAUGGGUGCAAGCUUCUUGUAUUAUGCACUCCCCGGCUAUCUCUUCAUGGUCUUAACAUUCUUCUCAUGGAUCUGCUGGGCAUGGCCACAUAACAUCACUGCACAGCAAAUUGGAUCAGGUUAUCAUGGACUCGGGAUUGGUGCCUUCACACUUGAUUGGGCAGGGAUUUCAGCUUAUCAUGGCAGUCCCCUUGUUUCACCAUGGUCUUCCAUUGUUAAUGUGGGAAUUGGAUUUAUCAUGUUCAUCUACAUCAUUGUACCUGUGUGUUACUGGAAGUUCAACACUUUUGAUGCCCACAAGUUUCCUAUAUUCUCUAACCAGUUGUUCACGGCCAGUGGACAUAAAUAUGACACCACCAAGAUCUUAACCCCAGAGUAUGACCUUAAUGUUGAUGCAUACAACAAAUACAGCAAGUUAUACCUCAGCCCUCUGUUUGCAUUAUCUAUUGGAUCAGGUUUUGCAAGAUUUACGGCAACCCUCACUCAUGUAGCACUGUUUUAUGGAAGAGACAUUUGGAGACAGAGUAGAUCGGCAAUGAGUAACGCGAAAUUGGAUAUCCAUGGUAGACUGAUGAAAGCUUAUAAGCAAGUACCUGAAUGGUGGUUCCUCAGUAUAUUGUUUGGGAGCAUGGCGCUAUCCCUGCUAAUGGCUUUUGUGUGGAAAAUGGAUGUGCAACUGCCAUGGUGGGGUAUGCUCUUUGCUUUUGGUUUGGCUUUUAUUGUAACCCUCCCUAUUGGUGUCAUUCAAGCAACUACCAACCAGCAACCUGGAUAUGACAUUAUAGCACAGUUCAUGAUUGGGUAUGUCCUUCCUGGAAAACCAAUUGCAAACUUGCUCUUCAAGAUUUAUGGGAGAAUCAGCACCGUCCAUGCUCUCUCUUUCUUGUCAGAUCUCAAGCUAGGCCACUACAUGAAAAUUCCUCCACGGUGCAUGUACACCGCUCAGCUGGUGGGAACUCUAGUUGCUGGUGUAGUGAACCUGGCAGUGGCUUGGUGGAUGUUGGAUAGCAUUAAGGAUAUCUGCAUGGAUGAUAAACUUCACCAUGACAGUCCUUGGACAUGCCCUAAGUACAGAGUGACCUUUGAUGCAUCAGUUAUAUGGGGUCUGAUUGGACCAAAGAGGCUAUUUGGACCUGGUGGGCUGUACAGGAACCUUGUGUGGUUAUUCCUGAUUGGAGCAGUGCUGCCAGUUCCCAUUUGGGUGUUGAGCAAAAUCUUCCCUGAGAAGAAAUGGAUACCACUGAUCAACAUACCAGUUAUAACCUACGGCUUUGCUGGAAUGCCACCAGCAACUCCAGCCAAUAUUGCAAGCUGGCUAGUGACUGGAAUGAUCUUCAAUUACUUUGUGUUCCGCUACAACAAACGCUGGUGGCAGAAGUACAAUUAUGUACUAUCAGCAGCACUGGAUGCAGGCACAGCUUUUAUGGGUGUUUUAAUAUUCUUUGCCCUGCAAAAUGCUGGCCAUAAUCUCAAAUGGUGGGGAAGUGAAUUGGACCAUUGCCCAUUGGCCACUUGCCCAACUGCACCAGGAAUUGAGGUUGAGGGCUGUCCAGUAUUCAAAUAGACAAGAACCAUAAUGAUAAUGGGUUUAGCUUUUUCUUUCUUUUUUGUAUGUUUUGGGGGGACCAAGUUAGGCUGAGAGUAUAGCUAUAGGGUGAAAGGAAUAACCAAUUGUUCAGCAAUUCUGUAAAUGACUAAAUGCUUGCUUGUCAUUGUGGAGGGUUUUCGUUUUUUUAACCUGUGUCAUAUAUGCCUCAUAACAAAUAUGCGGUUCGUUAGUAAUGGAACAAAGUAUGACUUGUGAUACA